CAGGGCAUCAAACCUGAGAUGGCCCACGACCUUUGUCGGCCCUCAAUAAUUCCCAUACAUGGGUGCGCAGGCGAUUUGGCACCCAGGGGACUGUUGCUGAUCCACGAGAGCUGGCCUACACUUUCCACACCACAAGGACAAUCACCACCGCGCGGUCUUGACACAUUUUGGUUUGGCGUUGCCUCCGUCUCCAGCACCACCAGCCCUUUCAGAGGUGUGACGUCAGUGCAGUGAGAUGGCUCGAGCCCGUGCUGGCUGCGGGCGGGCUCCGUGGCUUGACGCUGUCUCUUGACGGGCUGAGUCCCUCAGCAAGGGUCCUUGUCGGCCAUCAAAUUUUCCUCAACACCUGGUCCUUGCUCCGUGGUUCCGGCCCACACUUGCUCCCCGAUCCUGAGAGCCAUUGUCAAAACGCCGUGAAUCGAUUGAAUCAAAUGUUGUGCACCUCGAUCAGCGAGGUGUUCUAUCUGUCCAGGCCUCUUAUCGCCCUCGCUGCAGCUUACUUUGUUGUACCGCGCCCAAUCCAGCCCAACUCCAAAGGACGUGGCUGGCCUUUCUCUAUGAUGCAACAAUGCCGUGCAACAAGACCGACUGAUUUCUGCCCAUCAAACAGGACAGUGAGCAUUUCCACACGCACUUCUUGCAGCAGCAGUGAAGCUUCGCAGAGGAAUUCUGUGGGCCUAGCAUCGUCCCAUAUAUUUCGCUCGGCGGCUAGUCGAAAGCUAGGGCCAACCUUGGUCAUUGUGUGCCUGGAUCUAGAGCCAGCCCAGCCCUCUCAUUCAGGAACGGGCAUCUGGGCACUAGGAUGCGCUUGUUGGCAUGCGAAAGUGAGGCGGCCCCAGUGCGGAGUCCCCAUGAGGGCCGGUCCUUGCACGAGCGACCGUCCUAUUGAUGGACAGGAGCCGAGUGCUCGUGCUCGGUGGUCAUGGUCUCGUCAUAGCCUUCUGGCCCGGGCUUAGGGAGGGGGGGUUUCCGGCGUGUUGCUGCGGCUGAUUGCGGGAACAACGGCGUUUGCAUGGCAAGUGCCUCGCGAGCCCGGUACGUGUCUUGAGUUGCUAUUAAGGUUGCCGAGUGCCUGCAGGAACACUUCGUCGUCAGUUUCACGCAAUGCGCCUUUGACGAAAACGGAAGGGGCGUUUCGCGACCUGUUACUCAGAUCUUCACCUGCGCAAUAUCGAUGACUCCCCCGGCAUGCCGAUGCCGUCGUCGAAGAUACAAUAUUACCAUAUGCGUUCCUUGUUGCA